AUGUCUCAUAAGGAAAGGAGAGAGGAAGCGUGGCCCGGAGGACAGGGCGCCGUGAGCCAGCGGCACCCUGCCCGGAGGCCUUGGGGGCUGCGCACCGGCCCCGCUCUGCUGUCGCUGCGGAAAUUAGACCAGCACGAACGCGUAACAACAGAAAGCGGUGCUGGAACCGUGCGCACCGGCAAUUUUGCACAGGAAGCUUUGGGAGAUGUCGUUUACUGUAGUCUGCCUGAAGUUGGGACAGAAUUGGACCAACAAGAGGAAUCUGGUGCUUUGGAAAGUGUGAAAGCGUCUAGUGAACUCUAUUCUCCUCUAACAGAAGUAACUGACAUUUACGAAGCUCUAGCAGAAAAUCCACGACUUGUCAACAAAUCUUGUUAUGCAGAGGGUUGGCUGAUCAAGAUGACACGGAGGAACCCUUCAGAGCGAGAUGAACGAAUGAGCGAAGAAGCAUAUGAGAAAUACUUAUUUAUUGAGGGGUGAAAAUGGAACCCCUAAAUAAACUACUUUGGAACAACUUAAUCUAGCAUAGUCGUCUUAAGUUAGGGGUGGAUAGAUUUUUAAAAAGCAACUUUUGGCAAAACAAACUA